GUGCUGCUGUGAACAUCUGUGUACAAGUCUUUAUGUGGACAUUUGUUUUCAUUUCUUUUAGGUAAAUACCUGUGAGUAGGAUUAGUGGGUCAUAUAAUAAGUAUAUGUCUAACUUAAUAAGAAACUGCCAAACUGUUUUCCAAGGUGGCUGUACUUCUUUUAUUCCUACCAGCAACGUUUGAGAAUUCCAGUGACUGACCCUGGUGGUAUAGUCAUGGGUUGUGUAUGGAUGUGUGCAGAUGCGGGCAGUGGCUCUGGGCUCAUGGAGCGGAGGUGCAGAUGGUCAAGGUUAUUCGUCCACCAUUGGGCUAGUGUGCUUCACACCAUCUCCUGUGACUGCCCAACCCUGGGGCUUUUCUUGAGGCAGAGUAAGUAGCCCCAGCAGAGCCCAUUUGUAGCCUCAUGAACCACAUUCUAGAUGUGUGAGCUAAGGGCCCAGGGCUUUUCAUGAGUCAUAGUUGUUUUAUGUGCAGUAUUUUAUAAGUUAAGACUAUUAAGGCAUUGUUUCCAGCAGAUCCUUAAACCAAUUUGAUAGAUUUAGGGGGAUGGGCUAUGGGGGAAAUCUGUGUCUUGUCCUAGGAUGAAUCAUGUUCUGUGUUUCUUACCUAUCAGUAGUUUCGUGGACAAACGUGAGGCAAUUUGGAAAGCUAAAAUAGAUGCUAAAUCUGAAGCCAGUGUUUUAUGGUUAUUCCCUGUCUCACUAGAUUCAGGGUCCACACAUCACAUGGACUUCUCAGUAACCAUUAAUAUUCUAGGAUUCCUGGGAAACUGGGCCUUAGACCUCAUAUGUGUAAAAACCUUUAAGAGAUCCAACUGCUCAAACCACAUGUGGAACAGAAAAAGAGUAGCAGUGAAACAGAGCAGAUGCUUUGGGCAUUUUUCUUUCUUCUGACCAGGCUGAAGCCACUAGAGAAGAAGCUGAUCUGGGGUGUAAUCCUUGGGAAGUUGAUCCUUCAUUUUCCCACAGGGAUAGGGUCUGUAAGGGACCCUAGAACAAAAGCUGCAUUUCUUUGUCUGAAGCCCCAAAUGUAAGAAGUAUGUUGUAUAGAGAAGCCAUAGUUAUCUUCAUAUUGAGAGACUGAACAUAAUUGAAAUCAAAGAAUCACAAAACAGGACUUAACCUUAUUAUGUGCAAUGCAAUGAUUUUUACUGUUUUUUCCUAUUUGAUUAAAACAAACUGCUGGUUACCAGAAAACUGGAACCCAAAGGGAGCAGGGACUUGGAAUCUUCCUCCAAGCAAUUGAAUGGCAGAACUGGGACUAGAAUCUGGCUCCACCUCACUACAGGAUCAGUUUUCUCCCUAAUUCUACCAUUUAGGAGUUUCCUCUGUCAUCAGGCUUGGCACAGGCGAGAAAGGGCCUUACUUUCCUUGUCUCUCUACCUAAGAUGAUGAUUCUUCUCCGGGGAGCAACGUCCUGUGGACUGCCAGAGUUGGGUGCUGGCGGGAGGGUUGGCAAGGUUCUGUGUCAAGGUUCCAGCAGCUAAUGAACACACCGGAGACCUGGGAGAAGGAGGUAUAGACCCUCACUGGGCUUUUCAGCCUCCAGCCACACCCACGAACCAUACUCCAGAGAGCUGCCAUGAAGGACCAGUUUUUGUUUUGGAUUUUUCGCUGGAGAUGGGGAAUGGAGCGUCCUGGCCCACACAGCCGAGGAGCUGAGGCCAGACAGACGGACGCACGGACAGACGACAGAGGACGCGCUGGCCGCUGCACCCCGCUGCCUCCCCCUUCUCCCUGCUGCCUGCACCUGGAGGAUGAGCCCAGCCUUCAGGGCUAUGGACGUGGAGCCCCGCGCCAAGGGCAUCCUGCUGGAGCCCUUUGUCCACCAGGUCGGGGGGCACUCGUGCGUGCUCCGCUUCAACGAGACGACCCUGUGCAAGCCUCUGGUCCCGAGGGAGCACCAGUUCUACGAGACCCUCCCUGCGGAGAUGCGCAAAUUCACUCCCCAGUACAAAGGUGUGGUAUCUGUGCGCUUUGAAGAAGAUGAAGACAGGAACUUGUGUUUAAUAGCAUAUCCAUUAAAAGGGGACCACGGAACUAUGGACAGUGUAGAUAACUCAGACUGUGAACCAAAAAGUAAGCUGCUAAGGUGGACAAACAAAAAACAUCACGUCCUAGAAACAGAAAAGAUCCCUAAGGACUGGGUGCGCCAGCACCGGAAGGAGGAGAAGAUGAAGAGCCAUAAGUUAGAAGAAGAAUUUGAGUGGCUGAAGAAAUCUGAAGUCUUGUACUACAGUGUAGAGAAAAAGGGGAAUGUCAGUUCCCAGCUUAAACACUACAACCCUUGGAGCAUGAAGUGUCACCAGCAACAGUUACAGAGAAUGAAGGAGAAUGCAAAACAUCGGAACCAGUACAAAUUUAUCUUACUGGAGAACCUGACUUCCCGUUAUGAGGUGCCUUGUGUCCUGGACCUCAAGAUGGGUACGCGCCAGCAUGGUGACGAUGCUUCAGAGGAGAAGGCAGCCAACCAGAUCCGCAAAUGCCAGCAGAGCACGUCUGCAGUCAUUGGUGUGCGCGUGUGUGGCAUGCAGGUGAGAGGAGUGCAGGUAUACCAGGCAGGCAGUGGGCAGCUCAUGUUCAUGAACAAGUACCACGGCCGGAAGCUGUCCGUGCAGGGCUUCAAGGAGGCACUUUUCCAGUUUUUCCACAACGGGCGGUACCUGCGCCGCGAGCUCCUGGGCCCUGUGCUUAGGAAGCUGACUGAACUCAAGUCCGUGUUGGAGCGACAAGAAUCCUACCGCUUCUACUCAAGCUCCCUGCUGGUCAUUUAUGAUGGCAAGGAGCGGCCUGAAGUGGCCCUGGACUCAGAUGCUGAGGACUUGGAGGACCUGUCAGAGGAGUCAGCCGACGAGUCGGCUGGUGCCUAUGCCUACAAGCCCAUCGGCACCAGCUCGGUGGACGUGCGCAUGAUCGAUUUCGCACACACCACUUGCAGGCUGUAUGGUGAGGACAGUGUGGUACACGAGGGCCAGGAUGCUGGCUAUAUCUUUGGGCUCCAGAGCCUGAUAGACAUUGUUACAGAGAUAAGUGAGGAAAGUGGGGAGUGAGCUUGCUGGCUGCAGCAGUACCUGAGAGACUCUCUGUGUCCCAGGCACAGCUGUGCUGCGUCGGGGAGGAGGCCAGUAUGGCCAGGCGGUGGCCCCUGCAGCCUGGAGCUGAUGCGCAGAGGCCUCUAUGAGUCCCAGCCUGAGCCAGCCCCAACCGCUGUCGGAGUCUUUAUUUAUUUUAACUCUCUUCAACAUUCCACAUUUGAUGAUGCAGAUACCUCUUUCUUCCCUGAGUGUAAAUGUUCUAAUACAAAUCUUUUUGUUAAUUGUA